CUAGUAUAUAAGGCCUCAAGGGGCCAACACAAACAUGUCAGUCACAUCGGCUUGGCAUAAGCUUCUCUUCUUGACCAACCAAAUCCCCCACAAACUCUAAAGAGAUGGCACCCAAGAAGGCCAAGAGGAAGCAGCAGCAGGGAGAGGGUGGAUCCUCUAAUGUGUUCUCCAUGUUUGAGCAAAGCCAGAUCCAGGAGUACAAGGAGGCUUUCACAAUCAUUGACCAGAACAGAGAUGGCAUCAUCAGCAAGGAUGAUCUUAGGGACGUGCUGGCCACUAUGGGUCAACUGAACGUGAAGAAUGAGGAGUUGGAAGCCAUGAUCAAGGAGGCCAGCGGUCCCAUCAACUUCACCGUCUUCCUCACCAUGUUUGGCGAGAAGCUGAAGGGUGCUGAUCCCGAGGAUGUUAUCGUGAGCGCUUUCAAGGUCCUGGACCCCGAGGCUACCGGCUUCAUCAAGAAGGAAUUCAUUGAGGAGCUCCUGACCACCCAGUGUGACAGGUUCACUGCUGAGGAGAUGACCAACCUGUGGGCUGCCUUUCCCCCAGAUGUGGCUGGCAACGUAGACUAUAAACAGAUCUGCUACGUCAUCACACACGGAGAGGAGAAGGAGGAUGAGUAAAUCCACCUUUUCAAUCCCUCUACCUCUCUCCGUCAUCCCCCUCACUCCCCCCUUCUACAACUCUGUGGCCCGCUUACGUGCUCUCGCUCCCCUCGCUCUUCUCUCCAUCUCCACCCCUCUCACUAUCCUUUAUCGAGAUACUUUGAGUUGAGAGGAUUGAAGUCUAUGGGGGUGUGCUGUGUGUGAGUAUCGACAGUGGGAUUAUUUUAUAAUAAAAUAAUCUUGUACCAUCGAAACUAUUCCUCUCUAACUCCCUCCCUCCCUGCCUCCGAUUCUUUCUCUUCUUCCCCAUCCCUCACUUCUAUCUCUCCCUGUCGAAUCGAACAGUGCAUGCAUCAUACCUACAUCAUCUAUGCAUAUAGAGUUCAGUGUCUACAGACAAACACUUUUACUCUUGGGUGCUGUGGUGUAUGCUCAAUUGUUUAUUUGAAACAAGUAGGCGAUUGAUUGUUGAUGUUUUGUCUUGACUUGCUGUGAAGUAAUCAAUGGACUUGUCCCUGUUCAUGUACUGGAAAGAAGGACAGCUUAAAAGGGAUGAGUACUGUACUAAAAUAGCUUGCCUACUCCUCUGUCUUAAUUUCUCUCUCUUUCUCAGCGAUAGGGAUAAAAGGAAGGCCGAUUGAAUAAGAGUAAAGCAUGAUUUAGCAGUAGGUGCAUUGUAAGAGAGAGAUGGCGAAAGAUUGUGAGAGGGAGGAAGGAGAAAAGUUGACAAAAUAAAAUCUCUGUCAAAUCUCUGUAACAAAUAAAACAAGCAAUGACUUAUAAAUAAAAACCGAUGUCUUUCGUACAA